AUGCGCUCAGCCCCGCUGGCAUCCUGGAGGGCGGCGCGCAGCCAUGGCGAGAGGCCGCGCCGCGGCGCCCGCACCCGUGUCCGCGCCCGCAGCAGCGCCCCCGCCCGCCGCCCCUGGGCCCAGCCGGCCGCCGCCCGCGCGCGCCCCGACCCAGUAACUCCCGCGCCCCGCGAGCCAGGCGCCCCCCAAAGAGGGGCUGCGCGCGGGAGGGAGCGGCGGAGCCCCACGACCCCCGCGUCCCGGAGCCCGAGCCCGAGCCGGGAGCGCCGAGCCGGCGGGCGGGCGGCAGCAGGAGGAGGCGCCGAAGCCGAGCCCGCCGCGUGCACCCCGCGCCCCCGGCCGGCUGCUGCUGCUGCACCGGGACGCCGAGCCGCCGGGCGGCCGGGCCGGGCCGAGGACAGCCAGGCGGCGGCCGGCAGAACCCAGCGCCGGGCAGUCGGGCGCCCGAGGCCCCCGGGACCUCGCCUGCUCUCGGCCGCGCCCCGUGCGCCUCUCGCGGGAAGCUCAAAACAGACCAAACUAUCCUGUACUAUGUAUCAGAAUGCGGAUGGUUACCAAGGAGGGAGUAAUGGGGAUACAAGGUGCAUAUACGCCCCGUGAGGAAGCCCCGCUGGUGUGCCGGACCCACCGGGGGCCGUCCGCCCGACGGCGCCAGUCUCCGGCAGCGGGACCCCCGAUGGCAGUGGGCACCUCCCCGUGAAACCUGCCAAGCUGGACGCC